AUGGGCUGGUUCUGGGGCUCGAGCGGACCAGAGGAUCCGACGAAAAAACUCGAUCCGGAGCUUCAAGACUACCUCAAGAAAGAAAGACCAACUACAUAUAAGACGACCGUCGAACCCUCCAGAGAAACUCUCACUCAACCUACACAAACACCCUCACAAUCGACAAAUACCACAGAAGACAAAUCAGCAGUCCCCGCAGCGUCUCUAUACCCCGACGGACGAUAUGCACAUCUUUGGAAAACCUACAAGCCUCUGGCCGAAGUCGAGGCCGCAGACAAUUCGACCACGGCACAACGAGUGAUUGAAAAAUUCAAACAUCGGAAAGACUCGGUCCAUUCGGCGGCUAUGGAGAACUGUGCAAUUGAACAUGAGGGUCUGACGACUUGCUUUAACAAGGGCGAUUGGUUCACGAUGGUCAAGGCUAGAGCAACCAUGUGCUCGGAUGAGAAUAGGAAAUUUUCGCGAUGCUAUACCACGCAAGCCAAAUUCCUACAAGCCCUUGGCUACGCUAGUUCAUUUGAAUACGACGAAGAAAAAGAGGAGCGUAUCCAGAUGCACGCUGAUAAGCUCUAUCACCAAAUGCUUGACUACGAAAGCCGAGUCGCAGAAGCCCGAGCGGCGGGACAGGAACCUCCCCCGAUCACAUCUCUAUUCAACCCAGACGCCAAACCAGUUUCAUCAAGCGAUAAGAUAAUACCGGGAGUGGACCAGCUUCCCGAAGGAAUUAAAUUACCGGAAACGUUGGACAAACUCAGUCCGCAUGAGAGAGAGCUGGAGAUCCAGUCUAUGAAGGCUGAGCUUGAGCAAAAGAAGCUGUAUUCGGAAGAGGCGGCGCCGUAUAUCAAAGCUCAGCAAGAAGCGCAAACGAAGCGGCAGGAGAGGGCUAAGAGUUGGUUUGGUGAGACGAUUGGAAAGUACAUUACAUGA